AUGCCGCGCCGGGGCCUAGUGGCCGGGCCGGACUUUGAGUGUUUCCAGCGUCGAUAUUUCACGCCGGUUGAGGUGGCUCAACACAACCAGCCGGAAGACCUCUGGGUGUCUUACCUAGGAUACGUGUAUGACCUAACGCCAUUGGCACAGGAGUACAAAGGAGAUCUGCUGCUGAAACCCAUCGUGGAAGUUGCGGGCCAGGACAUCAGCCACUGGUUUGAUCCCAAGACCAGAGACAUCCGCAAGCACAUAGAUCCGCUGACUGGUUCCCAGAGAUACCGCACCCCCCGGGGCCGCUUUCUGCACGUCCCACCUCAGCUGCCCCGUUCCGACUGGGCCAAUGAUUUCGGGAAGCCCUGGUGGCAGGGGCCGCGUUAUCAAGUGGGGCGUCUGUCAGCCAAGACCCGGAACAUCCGUAUAAUUAACACGCUCACGUCGCAGGAGCACACACUGGAGGUGGGGGCCCAGGAAUCAAUGUGGGAAAUCCUACACCGCUAUCUCCCCUAUAAUGCACAUGCUGCCAGCUACACAUGGAAAUAUGAAGGGAAGAACCUGAACAUGGAAUAUACCCUGGAAGAGAAUGGGAUCCGCGAUGAGGAGGAAGAAUUUGACUAUCUCAGUAUGGAUGGUACACUCCACACACCUGCAAUACUGCUCUACUUCAAUGAUGACCUCACAGAGUUAUAGGAAAGGAGAUGUAUGCUGAUGUAGACUCGACAUAUUUUGAAUUUGGCUUUUUCUGUGCCCUAUAGGGAAAGAGAUGGGGAUUGGGUGGGGAGGUAUGCCCGGACCUUGACCUCCAUUCUAUUCUGGGAACUGGCCUGUGGUUCCCGUGCCCUUCUGAAAUGUAAAGGUCUGGUUACCCAAGUCCAUUUUACUGAGAAAACUAGGGAGAAUGCCAGAAAUUAGUUAAUUUUAAAUAAUGAUACAAGAUGACAAAGUAUCUUGGAUUAGAGAGACGUAGGAGAGGAUAAGUCAGAUAGAGCUCAGGUAGAACUUUUUUGAUAAGAGAAAGAGAAGUCCUACACAGGAUGAAGGAUGGAACAACUGUUUUUGGCAAUGAUGGAAGUGGGAUGGCUGCAGGAAUAUGGUGUUUACAAAGACAAAUAGGAAAGAUCUAUCACUGGCCAUACAAAGCUGGCCAAUCUCUCAUUUGAACAGUAAUUGAUAGCUGAAACCCAAGGGGAAGAAUCGAAGUGAAUGGUUACUAGGGAUUUCAAGUUAGAUAUUAAAGUAUGUGCUUUAUAUACCUUG